AAAAGUAUGUGACUCGAUGAGACGAGGGGUCCAAAUCCCAGGAACAUCUUCGAGAAAGCACAAGCUCGACGCCGGCUAAACCCGCGGAAAUCCCCUUCCGCUUUGUCUCGUUUCCUCCUCCUGCCCCCUCGGCACUGCACCGCCGCAGCUUCCACCAUGGCCGUCGCCAGCGAGGCCGCUUGUCGUCGGGCGGCUAGCUGCUUCUUUGAGGUCGGCAGGCAAGAGAUCGGCUCCUCCACCCCGCGCGCCUCCUCGCGCCGAAUCAGCGGCUCCGAGGGCCUAGUGAUGCGGAUGCAUCAGUAUGGAAAGUUGCGAGGCCAUGAUGGUUGUGUUAAUACUGUCAGCUUCAAUCCUGCUGGUAACCUCCUUGUGUCUGGUUCGGACGACAUGGACAUCAUAUUAUGGGAUUGGCUUGCUAAAACACAAAGGCUCAUUUACCCUUCUGGCCAUCAAGAAAAUGUUUUCCAUGCUCGUGUAAUGCCAUUUACAGAUGAUAGCGCCAUUGUAACUGUUGCUGCUGAUGGUCAGGUUAGAGUGGGACAACUGAACGAGGGUGGUGAAGUCACAACCAAACAAAUUGGGGUGCACGAUGAUCGUGCACAUAAGUUGGCCAUUGAACCAGGAAGUCCUUACAUAUUUUACAGUUGCGGGGAAGAUGGUUUGGUACAACAUUUUGACUUGCGGAAUGAUUCACCAAUGAAGCUCUUCAGCUGCUAUUCAUUCUCAAAUAGCAGGCGUCGUGUAAGGCUUAAUACCAUUGCCAUUGACCCUUGGAACCCUAAUUAUCUUUCAAUUGGUGGUUCUGAUGAGUAUGUGCGGGUAUAUGAUUUGAGGAGAAUCCAGUUGGGUGCUUCAAAUGACAUGAACCAACCUGUAGAUACCUUCUGCCCUAAGCACCUUAUGGGUGGGAAGGUCCACAUAACUGGUAUUGCAUACUCCUACGCAAGGGAGAUACUUGUCUCUUACAAUGAUGAACAUAUCUAUUUAUUCCAAAACAAUAUGGGUCUUGGUCCAAAUCCUGAAUCAGCGCAAGCAGAGUUCUUGGACAGGCUUGAGCAGCCACAGGCAUACACAGGCCACAGAAAUUUCCGAACUGUUAAGGGAGUCAGUUUUUUUGGACCGAACGAUGAAUAUGUCUUGAGUGGAUCGGAUUGUGGGAAUGUAUUUGUAUGGAGAAAGAAGGGAGGUGAACUAUUGAGGAUGAUGCAUGGUGACAAAAGUGUAGUUAAUUGCAUUGAACCCCAUCCACAUUUUCCGUUCCUAGCUACUAGUGGGAUUGACAAAACUGUCAAGAUUUGGACACCUUCAGCAAAUAAAGUGAUGUCGCUGCCUAAAAACGCAAAGCAAAUAAUAGCUUCCAACAAGCGGGCGAGAGAAAUUGAUGCAUCUCGACCGGAGCUGACGCUUUCAUCCGACCUCAUCAUGCAUGUUUUGAGGUUGCAGAGGAGACAGUCUGAAUUGUACAGGGAGCAUGAACCAGCUACUGCAGAUUUGGCAAGUGAUGAUGAUGAGUCUUUCUUCGCUGGGUUUGAUGAUGCCAAUAGGAAUGGCUUAGCAAACGAUGCAACAAGAGGAACACAGAUACUCAUGAUACGUGCCGGCAAGAUUAAACGGUUAGGACUUAAGAGUGUGACGACCUACCUUGAUAGUGUUGUAAACCAGGAGUGUUACUGGGUGUUUUCAUCUCAUGUACUUAGUCUAGUAUUAGUAAAAAAUAAUCACUUUGCUGGCAAGGAAAUGCGCAUGUAAUUAUGGAGUACUCCGUAUAUUUGAGAAUUUCUAUGGCGAUGCUAAGCGUGCAACAUUCACAGAGGUUUCCCUUGUCGCGGAAACCAGCUGCCUCAGACUCU